AUGGGACCAGGCUCACUCAGCUCACUCAGGCCCUUGUCACACUGCUCAGGCCCUUAUCACACUCGCUCAGUCCUUGUCACACUCAGGCCCUUGUCACAGGCUCAGGCCCCAUCACACUCAUCACAGGCCCUCACACCUGCUCAGGCCCUUGUCACACUGCUGGGCCCUUAUCAGGCCCUUAUCACAGCUCAGUCCCUUGUCACACCUGCUCAGGCCCUUGUCACACCUGCUCAGGCCCUCACACCUGCUCAGGCCCUUGUCACACUCUGCUCAGCCCUCACUCCUCAGGCCCUUAUCACCUGCUCAGGCCCCUGUCACACUCUGCUCAGGCCCUAUCACACCUGUUCAGGCCCUUGUUACACCUUGUCACUCACUCAGGCUCUUGUCACACCUGCUCAGGCCCUUAUCACACUCGCUCAGGCCCCUGCCACUCAGGCUGCUCAGGCCCUUAUCACCACUCAGGCCCUUAUCACUCUCAGGCCCUUGUCACACCUGCUCAGGCCCCCAUCACACUCUGCUCAGGCCCUUGCUCACACCUUCACCCCACACUCUCAGGCCCUCACUCACUCAGGCCCUUAUCACUCGCUCAGGCCCUCACACCCUCAGGCAGCCCUACACCUGCUCAGGCCCUUGUCACUCACUCAGGCUCUUGUCACACUUCAGGUCACUCAGGCCCUUGUUGCUCAGGCCCUUAUCACUCGCUCAGGUCACACCUGCUCAGGCCCUUGUUACACUCACUCAGGUCACUCACUCAGGUCACACUCCUCAGGCCCUUAUCACUCAGGCUCUUAUCACACCUGCUCAGUCCCUUGUCACACUCGCUCAGUCCCUUGUCACACUCGCUCAGGCCCUUAUCACUCGCUCAGUCCCCUGGAUGUGUCCCUGUUAUAUAUAUUCCAGUGA